AUGCUUAUUCGCACUGUCCUUCUCUGCCUACUCAGCCUCGUCGCCGCUGGCGGCGAUGGUAAUGGCAACGGCAAUGGCAAAUCCAACGGCAACGGCAAAUCCAACGGCAAGGGCCAUGGCAAGCAACCCGGACGCAAGCCCAACAUUGUGCUCAUCAUCACCGAUGACCAGGACGCGGGCACGCACACGCGCGAGAUUAUGCCGCGCCUUUUCGACCGCCUCGUCGACAAUGGCGUCAACUAUGAAAACUUCUUCACUCCCGUGUCGCUCUGUUGCCCGUCGCGCGUGUCUCUGCUGCGUACCCAGGCGGCACACAACCACAACAUUACCAACGUUGAGCUCCCCCACGGCGGAUGGGUCAAGUUCAACAACGCCGGGUAUGUCAACCACACGAUGCCCGACUUUUUGCAGGCCGCAGGCUACAACACGUACUAUGUGGGCAAGUACAUGAACGACCAGACGGAUAAGAACUGCGUCGACCUUCCCGUGUCUGGGUUCAACGCCUCGGACAUGCUGGUCGACCCGUAUACAUACGACUACUGGAAGCCCGGAUUUAGCGUGAACAAUGGUCCGGUUGAGAUUCACGAGAACACGUAUUCCAACGACAUUGUGGCGCAGAAGGGCCUCGCUCAUCUCGACUCGGCGCUGGCCUCGGACCGGCCCUUCUUCGUUGGCUUUGCGCCGAUCGGACCCCAUAGCUACAUGAACAGCACUCUUAGAUUGAGCGGCUCAGGCAGACUGUAUAUGGACACGCCGGAGUGGCCAGAACGCCACGACCACAUGUUCAAGGACGCCAAGCUGGAGCGCACCGAGAGCUUCAACCCCGACGAGCCGAUGGGUGUGAGCUGGGUCAAGACGUUGCCCAAGCUCAACGAGUCCAAUGUCGAGUACCUCGACGAGUUUUACCGCGGUCGUCUGCGUAGCUUGCAGAGUGUCGACGAGAUGGUCGGGCAGAUCUUUGACAAGCUCGAGGCUGCCGGCGCCCUCGACAACACGUACGUCAUCUACACAGCGGACAACGGUUUCGCUCUAGGCACCCACCGUCGCCAGCCUGGUAAGACCCUUGCAUUCGAAGAGGACAUCAAGGUACCACUCGCGAUCCGUGGGCCUGGUAUGCCCAAGGGCAUCACGGACAAGGUCAGCAGUUACGGAAUCGUUGACCUGUCCCGCACGUUCCUGGACAUUGCCGGUGCCAAACCCGACUACGAGAACGACGGGACCAAGAUCAACCUCCACCUCGGUGAGGGCAAGCUGGCCGACAAGCAGUACAGCAAACACCGACACAGCCUGACCGAGUUCUGGGUCCGUGGUAUCGAGGAGGGCAAGUUUGUCGACGCCAGUUACCGCGAAAACAACACCUACCGCACCUUGCGCGUACAUGACCAAGUCGACGGCAAACCAGUCACCUACAGCUACCACGUGUGGUGCACUGGCGAGCGCGAGCUGUACAACCUCGUCUCGGACCCGUACCAGGUUCGCAACAUUCUUGCGCCUCUCAACGAGCUUGGCAAGUUUCCCGCCUUUGAUGCCGGAGACGUCCUGGAUGCCCAGACUCAGCGCGUUCUGCACCGCCUCGACGCACUCACCCUCGUCCUCAAGACUUGCAAGGGCCAGAGCUGUGUCGAGCCGUACACCACCCUUUUCCCGUCCGGUAAGGUCAAUACACUCAAGGACGCCAUGAACCGCAGGUACGACGAGUACUUCGCCGCCCUGCCCAAGGUCCACUUUGACUUCUGCAUGCUCGGGUACCAGAGCCGGCUUGAGCAGCCGGAGUGGAAGGACGAGUUGGCCUUCAAGUAG